AUGGAAGCUCAGACGGCCGAUGGUCGACGUGGAUUUAUCUUUGACGCGACGAUCUCGAUCAGUCCCUACGCCGGAUUUCUCCGCGCGGCUAUUGACAACAAAUUGCAGCUGUUAAUCGUUAGCCAAGAUGACAAGGAUAUCGGCGACAAACGUGUCAUUGCCGGACAUGGCCAUUCUCACGAACCGGAAGUGCCGCCGGUCGCCAAGCCUGUUGAAACCGCCCCUCCUGUCUUGGAACAACCAGCCGACCCGGUGAAGCCUGAAACUGCUCAACAACCACCACUAGCCCAGGCACCACCUCAAAAAUCGGAAGAUGGUGAAAAUAAGGUAACCGGUGAGGAGGAUAUGGCGGCGGAGAUUGAACGCAUGAUGCAGAAGGAUAUCGAGAUGAUGGAGCUGCGAAAGGCACAGAAUACGGUGGACGUGGACGAGCCGCUGUAUAACAACGUGACGGAGCAGCCGCCUGUCGACGAGGCACAGCAACCAACUGUAGAAGCCCCUCAAACAACCCCACCGCCAAUCCAGAUGCCGCGUCUCUCUUCGUUGGAUGUACUGGCCAAUAAGCUCGAUGCUACUAUGGCCCCGCCGGUCCCCGAAGUGCCCAUCACCACCCCAGAGCCCGUGGCCGCGCCGGAAGUGACAACUCCACCUCCUCCAGUGCCUCAGGACCCCGUUCCGGUUGAGCCAAUCACCCCUCCUCCACCACCUACUGCUGUCGUUGAAGAACAACCGCCAGCCGAUCCGACCCCCGCCGUCCCCGAGGGGUUCUGUGAUGGAGAUGAUUGUGGAAAAGUGAAACCUCUAAACGAGGGCAGCAUCAUGGCUGAAGCGGCGAGAAAUCAUGAGGCCCCUCCACCACCCGUCGAGCCCACGACCACUCCAUCGCCGGUAGUUGAACAGCCACCACCACCACCACCGGAGGACCCGGAGCCCGCCGAAUUUGCCCAGCCCCCACAAUUUGAGCCAAUCACUACUACUACCCCGGCACCCGUUGAGGAGCUGGAGACGCCAAGCACGACGCCAGCUCCGGCCGUCCCGGAAGUGAAUCCAUUCGCCGAUCGUUCUCUGCCCCCUCCACCACCAUCUGACCCUGGUUUCCUCGCCACGAGCAUCACAUCACUGGCUGGCGGUAUCCGAUCUCUACCCGGAUUGAAUGGACUCUCUGAUGGAGGUAUCGGUAUUGCCAUCAACCUGACCAUCCUGGCGAUGACCGUCGUCUGGUGGCUGAUCAAUUCGGCGUUGGGAGGAUCGGAUUCUGUGAACUUUGAACGUCGUGCGGCCCACGAUCUGGCGAGUAAGGUGAAGGCCCUGCAGACAGUGCUGAAGGAAAGAGAGGAAGAGCUACGACGACAUCAAAUCAACGGCGGACAAGAUCAACAGGCUGUUCAUCAACUCAGCGCCGAGCUGAACAAUCUGCGCCAUUUGGUUGGCCAGGCUGAGGAGGAGAAAAAGAGAAUGAGCGCGGAGCUGAAGCGUGAAUCGGAAGGCCGACAAACGGCUGAACAUCACUACGCCGCCGAGAGGGAAGCCCUGGAAGCGAUGCGAGUCCGAGUGCAACAGCUCGAACACGUCGAACAGGCCCACCAGCAGUUGAACAACGAGUGCCAGGAGGUCACUCGCAAACUCAAUGCGCUCCACAAUGAUCUUAUCGAACUGCGCCACCAAAAGGAGCGCGUCGACGGGGAGCUGAAUUUGGCGAAGACGCGGGCCGAGGAGCUGAGCUUCACCCUAGAGGCGAAGGAGAAAGAGCUGAAAGACAAGGAGAAUAUGGCAGACGAAUUGGAGGGAAGGACCGUCGGAUUGGAGAGUAUGAUUGUCGAUCUACAAGCACGACUGGCUGAAGCGGAAACGAGACACGGAGAAGAUGCACAACAACAUCAGCAACAACAGGACGUCAAGCUCACCAAGGCCACCAAGGCACAAUCAGCUAGUAGCGUGUCGGAAAGCGGCGGCGGCUCGAAUGGAUGGUCGGACUUUGAUUGUUCGGAUGAUGAGAAGGAGAAGAAAGACAAGGAAAAGAAGGACAAACAAAAGGAAACGACACCUCCCACACAACAACACCAACAAGUACAGCAGAAGAUGACCAACAUCUCCACGGUGUCGGAUAUCCAAGAAGUGGCCAGGCUGAGGGGAGAGAUCCAUCGUCUCGAGUUGAAGAUCAAUUCUGCCGGGCUUGAGCUCGAGCGGGAGCAGGUGCAGAAGAAGGUUCUCGAGGAGCGCGUGAAAUCCCUGGAUGAAGCCCUCAAACAGAAGAGCCUCGAACUCGACAAAUGCGAAAACGAACGACGCCUAGCCCUUGAGCACCAAACGAAGCUUCUCGGCAUGUUCCAAUCGGCACAGACCAAAUCUUCCGACACUGAAAAUAUGGUGGCCGACCUUCGAAUUGACGCCCGAAAGCUGGAGGACGAGCUGCGGAAGGCUGAGACGGAGCGAAGGGAGAAGGAGGUCGAGCUGAAGGCCGUGGAGGAAGAGCUGAGGAAGCUGAGGCAUGAUCAUGUCAAGCUCGAGACGAAACACUUUGCCCUCAACAGGGAACAUCGCAAUUUGAUGGAUCAGAAGGCCCUCGGCGCGAGCCCGUCGGAACUGCUCGCGGGCCUCGGCCCCUCUGGCCUUGACCGUCUGGGUGCUGGUUCCCGUGGUGGUGGUGGUCUACUGUCUGGUCUUGGCUUUGAAUCUUCUGAUGGGAUGAGCCUCCCCUCCCUCCUCCAUCUUCUCACAACAAUUCGCAUCGUCUCGGCUCCUCCCCAGAUGAUUUUGACCUUCUUCCAGAUGCCUCUUCACAACAUCUCCGCCGUUCAUCAAG